AUGUUUGUGUUCCUGGCUUUCCUGGCUGCCUUGUUUUCCUUUAUUGUGUGUGCCCCACUACAAGGGACACUACAAGGGACAAGAAGCCAAAACAAGCUUCUAGUUGUUUCUUUUGAUGGCUUUCGGUGGAAUUAUGAUCAAGAUGUGGACACCCCCAAUCUAGAUGCCAUGGCAAGAGAUGGGGUGAAGGCACAUUACCUCACUCCCCCCUUUGUCACCCAGACAAGCCCCAGUCACUUCACUUUGCUCACAGCCCCCAACCCUCCAAAACAAGGUUUGAAAGCUGCCUCCCUGUUUUUCCCAGGAGGGAAUGCCACCUACCAAGGAGAAGAAGUGAAAGUUAAGAGGGUGGAGAAACUCCUCCACAAGUAUGACAAUGAGACUGAGUGGAGGCAGAAUGUUGACACAGUCAUGAAGUGGUUCCGUGAGGAUGAUCUUGACUUUGUGACCCUUUACUUUGGGGAACCCGACUCUACUGGACACAAAUAUGGCCCAGAAUCUCAGCAGAGGAAAGAUAUGGUCCGCCAGGUUGAUCGGACAGUGGGCUACUUGAGACAGCGCAUUGCAGAGCAUGGCAUGAAGUCAAUACUUAACUUAGUCAUCACCUCUGACCAUGGCAUGGAAACGGUCAUCAAAAAGGAUGAAAUUCACCUCCUCCGAGUAGCAAACUUCUCAUUCCAGGACAUUGAGUUUGAGCUGGUUGAUUAUGGGCCACAUGGCCUCCUGUUGCCAAAGCCUGGGAAAUUAGAACAAGUUUAUGAAGCCUUGAAAAAUUCUCACCCCAAGCUCCAUGUUUACAAGAAAGAGGAAUUCCCCAGAAGAUUCCAUUAUGCCAAUCAUAUUCGUGUCACACCGCUUGUGUUGUAUAGUGACCCUGGCUACGUGAUCCAUGGGAGAGUGAAAGUGCAGUUCAAUAAAGGGGAACACGGCUUUGACAACGAGUCUAUGAAUAUGAAGACCAUCUUCCGAGCUGUGGGACCAGCUUUCAAGCAAGGCCUGGAGGUGGAGCCUUUUGAAAGUGUGAAUAUUUAUGCCCUCCUUUGCAAACUCCUGAAUAUCACACCUGAACCACAUGAUGGAUCCUUGGAAGUCACCCGGCACAUGCUUGUCAAAGACUCAG